CUAAUACAUCAGAAACAAUAGAGGACGUGGGGAUUUGAUGAUAAGAAGGGAGGUAUAAUUAUGUGGAUCUAUUUCCGACAGUCCCUGAAGGCAGCAACGGCACAGACGUGGCUGCUGCGUUCAAGUGGCGCAGUGUCCCGUCUGGAGGCAGAGAGGGCGAAGUUUCACUCUGCAUUGCAGCCUGAGCGCUGCUGCCGGAAUCCAACACAACAAUGGCGACUCCCAGUCCUGACAGCAACUCAACAAGCUCCAGCAACAGCAGCAGCAGCAGCAUCGUAGGAUCCACGUCGCACCAUCUCUACCAGCAGACACAGAGCAGCAGCAUGCAAGAAACCAACACCUGCUGGAGAUGUCAAAAUGAAACAGGGUUUCAGAUAAGCCUGUCUGGAGUUUCCCAAAGUAAACGUAAAGCUCUGAAGCUGAAUUUCGCCAACCCCCCAGUGAAACCAACCUCCAGGCUCCCGCUCAAUCCGACGGCUCCGUCUUUCCAAAACCCUCACAUAGAGCGUCUGCGGACACACAGCAUCGAGUCGUCGGGGAAGCUGAAGAUCUCCCCGGAGCAGCAUUGUGACUUCACCGCGGAGGAUCUGAGAGACCUCGGGGAGAUCGGUCGCGGAGCGUACGGCUCCGUCAACAAGAUGGUCCACAAACCCACGGGCCAGAUCAUGGCUGUCAAGAGGAUUCGCUCCACUGUGGACGAGAAGGAGCAGAAGCAGCUGCUGAUGGAUCUGGACGUGGUGAUGAGGAGUAGUGACUGUCCCUACAUUGUUCAGUUCUACGGUGCUCUCUUCAGAGAGGGGGACUGUUGGAUUUGUAUGGAACUUAUGUCUACCUCAUUAGACAAAUUCUACAAAUAUGUAUAUUGUGCAUUAGAGGACGUCAUUCCAGAGGAAAUAUUAGGCAAAAUAACAUUAGCGACCGUUAAAGCACUGAACCACUUAAAAGAAAACUUGAAAAUAAUUCACAGAGACAUCAAACCUUCCAACAUUCUAAUGGACCGAAAGGGUAACAUCAAGCUGUGUGACUUCGGCAUCAGCGGUCAGCUGGUGGACUCCAUAGCUAAGACCAGGGACGCGGGCUGCAGGCCUUACAUGGCGCCUGAGAGGAUAGACCCCAGUGCUUCCAGACAAGGCUACGACGUCCGCUCUGAUGUGUGGAGCUUGGGAAUCACUCUGUAUGAGCUGGCCACAGGAAGGUUUCCUUACCCAAAGUGGAACAGUGUUUUUGAUCAGCUGACACAAGUGGUGAAAGGAGAGCCGCCUCAGCUCAGCAACUCUGAGGAGAGGCAGUUCUCCCCCAAGUUCAUCAACUUUGUUAACCUAUGCCUUACAAAGGAUGAAUCAAAAAGGCCAAAGUACAGGGAGCUUCUGAAACACCCCUUUAUCCUGAUGUAUGAGGAGCGUUUCGUGGACGUCGCCAGCUACGUAUGUCGCAUCCUGGAUCAGAUCCCUGCCUCUCCCAUCUCUCCUAUGUAUGUGGACUGACUGAGUAAGGCUGGUGGGUGUGGGGGUGGGGUGGGGGUCACCCUACAUGCAGUGGGUGGGACACUAAGCUUUGUGAUGCGACGCUUGACAUCUUAGCCCUCAGAGUUACACCUGUUUAUUCUCACGUUCCAAAGAGCAAAGGAACUAAGUCCAAACUGCCCGGUGCAAUAAGAUGAAUAUUGAUGAGCGAACCGUUCCACCUCCCAUCUCCUCAUUUAACGUCAGCGAAACCCGAAAUAUUAUCAUCCAUCUUCAGCCAGAAAAACUUGAAGACAUAACAUUGUCUUAGUAAAAUGCAAUGCAUCUUUUUCUGUGAGGACAAAGGAAUAGAGUAAACAUCGUACACAAAUACAGACUCUACCAAAUAAAAUGUUGAACAGUGAUGCUCAUGACGUAUGAACAAAAAUAGCCACCUAUUGGAUUGUACAUUGUGGACUGUAUGUAUGCAUAUGUGUGUUCACCUCUGACUUGUUGUACAGAUGUAUGCCGUUUAAACACACACACACACACUCUUGUCACACGGUUUGUUGUCGGCACCUUCACUCAUGCUAAAUGAACGAGUAUGCAAAAGUGUUUCUCUGAAAGCUCAUGGAUACGGUAGUGUGGCUUUACUUCUUUACUUUUGUUUUUUUUGUUCAAUAUGCAAUCUGUGAGAGUUUGUCUCGACACGACUGGGACAAUAUAGAUUUCUCACAUCCACAGCUGCCCCAGCUUGUACCUUUCAUCUGGUCGCAUUAAAGAUAAAAGGUCAUUUAACAGCAUUUACCACAGAUAUCUGAGUCUGUCUGUUUGCUGUUCAGUGACGUUCUGUUGAGUCUUUAUUGUAUCUGAAUCUCUGAUCAAAUCUAAUCCAGUUUCAGCUUUUACAAAUACUUCAUUGCUUAAUGAACCUGGAAGUAACAGAGAACUGGAUCCACUGGCUACUAGAACUCAGCCCCUGUGUAAAUGAUACACCACUUUACUCAGUGAAUUCACUGAAUAUAGAUAAAUAUUACAAAUAAUUGUCUUUGCAUUGUACAAACUGAACAAGGAGAUAAGCAACUACAGCUAACGUUAGCAUGUUUGGAAACAGGGCUGUUACUCGGUACAGUGGUUACAGAUCUUUUUAUCAUGUGGCAGACAGAAUAUUUUUACAUUUAGUUUUUAGAAAAUUCUGGGUGAGUGCUGUGAAAUGGUCUUUGAGAUUUUCAGAGAUCAACAUCAGUUUUUCUUGUGUGAAAACACCAAUGGAUGAGAGACACAAACUGGGGCUAAGCUAAUGCUACAUUGCCUGAUGUAAACUUUAGGACAGAGUGUCCCUCAAUGUAAAUGUGUAUGUAUAUAGUGCAUCUAAUCUGCUGUUCCUGGCAGGUUCUGCUCGACAGUUAAGGCUCAUUCUCUAAACGCAGAGAUGGAGGAGCUGUGGGUGCUGGGUGCAGAAAGGAAACACGUCUGAGAGCAGUUGGAGAACGAGCCUUAAUGCUCCUCAGCAGCCUGUCAUAGCACUGUACAGUUAAACUGCUCAUCCACACUGAUCACAGAUCCACCAUACUGCCAUACGAAGGCAAACAGCAGUAACUACACGAGAAAAGUCCUGGCAGGAGUUUCCUGUUGAGAGAAAUGAUACCUGUAAACGCUGCUAAACGACUUCCUGUCCACCAACCACACGACUGUCAGGAGAGGAAGCUCACUCCUUAGAUAGUUACUGCUCUUUGACCCUUAAGGUCACCAUGAACUCAGCAUGUUCCUCCGUGACUCGGCAUGUCUCUCUGGCUCGCACUGAUGAUAGAAUGUUUCCACGCCAAACCAUGUAUUACACUCGGGAUGCGUCUCCAUAGUCUAAAACACGCCCCGUCUUCCUCCACCGGAGCUGCCGUACUUCAGUCUACCGUGCCGGGUCAGGUGACAGGGAGGCUGCAAAGACUAUUGAGAUCCACCCUCUCAGAAAGCCACGUCUGCCAGACAGGGUCACUCACCCACAGUGAGCUAUGUAACCAAACUGUAAGGAUGCUCAUCCUUCAACACUGGGACACUGUAGAGACUUGUAAUGUAAUAAAUUACUUUAAAGCAUAAGGGUGGCAUUAUUUAUAUUUUUUAUUGUCAACAAAUCUCGUGAAUAGAACUGAAUACAGCCAGCCUUCUCCGUUUAACCCAGCAAAUACUGAUAAUGUAAAGUGAUCUGAUGUGAUAGUGCCCACACAAAAAUAAGUAACAAGUCAAUGGUUCAUUUUGCCACAGGAUUAAAGACUAGUUGAUGUUUUAGUCUGUUUGGAGUUCAUGUGGCUGUAGGCUCUACUACAUUUGAUCCCAUUACAUUAAAGGACCUGCUGUACCUAAAGGGACACUCCAAUGAUUUUAGUAUUCUACUUGCAAAGAGGCAGUAAAGGCCAAACUAUCCUGCCCCACCACCAUGACCAGUAAACUGAACUUCAUGUGUAAAUUCAGUUUACGAUUUCCUCAGAUUUCUAUGACAUAGGCCUCUACAGAUGUCAGCCAUGUUGGAAAGCGGUCACUUGUUGUCGUCACUCGUGCAAAGCAAACACGUUGAAUAAUUGUGGCUUCCUCGGGAGGGUGAAACAUUACAACCAAGAUGGUGGAGAUGCAUCAUAGACCAGACAUGAUUCUCUCGACAGCUCAGCAGGAGGAUUCUGUCAGCUCUGUUCUUUCCAUUUCUGUCUGUAAUGAGAAAAUGGUGCAAACCCCUGAGAAAGCUCACCGUCUCAUUUGACUCAAGAGAAGAAGCUGUUUGGAUGCAAACAGUCUCCAGAUCUGUUCUCUCAUGGGAUAUGUUUCCAGGAAGCUAACUUACCACUGGUGAAUAUGAAUCUCCAGGGUACAUGUUGUAUAAAUUGCAAUUUACUAGAAUGUUCAUAUUAGAUUAUAAGAUAAUAUUAAGGGCAAUGAAUAUUAUAUUGUAUCUUUAUCGAGGGUUACAAAUAAAGUUCCCAUGGAAAAGAUUCAAAACCUGUAUGUGUGCUUCUUGUAAAUUGGACAUGAAUAAAAAAUAACUGCAGAAAUGA